AUGGUCUUUGUUCGCCAGCUAUGUCAGGCCAGCCAGCCAAGGUCUAUAAACAGUCUAGUUCAACAACAACAGCAGCAACAGCACCAAUCAACCUCAUCACAGCGCCAAAGGGCAGUGACUUCAGCAACCCCAAGAGUCUCUUCUUCAAACACUGCCUUUUUAAACUCAUCUUCUGGUCAAGAUAACUCCUUUUCGCAGCUGAACUCAUUCGAGACAAUGUUCGCCGGUUUAGCCAACCUCUCGCUCAGCCAACUGGUAGACGUUCUUCUCGCCAACCCGAGCUCUCAGAAGCAGGGUAAUAGCCUCUUUGGCUCAUCCUCUGUUCCUAUUACAUCUCUUGGAGCGAGUGCCUCCUCCAGUUCGGCUAUAGCGCCGAGCUUAUCUGAGUCAAUCGAUAUUCUUCAGCUCGGCCUAAACAGUCUCUAUGGCAGACUAGCCUGCUUUAGCGAAUGCCAGCAGAAUCUGAUCUCUAGUAUGGAGUUGAAUCGUCUGAAGCGACACAACUCUGAUAAAAAACGAGGCUCGAAUCUUCCUAGUGGCCGAACUCAUCAUAGUCGACGAAGUCAACCAACAUUGAUAAAUAAUCAGGCAUCGCCGACAUCAAAUCCUUCUUCUCCCUCUAUCGCCUCGCUUGCUGCCGCGACUUCCGAUCAAAUAUUGCAAUCGUCUCCAGUCUCGGCUACUUUUGACCGAGGAUCAGACGGUUAUAGCAACAUAUCACCUGAUUUUCUAGAAGUAAGUUGUUUCCAGCAUAUAAUCAAGGGGGCUUGGUUAGUAUUCUCUUGGGAUAAUUUUAUCCCACAAUUUAGAUAUCUUCUUCUAUAUCUCCUAUUCUUUCCUUGGACUUUCAUAGCAUUGGAUUAA